AUGUUGUCAAAAGUGUUGCUGGGUGUCAUUCUGUCCCUCCUCAUUCUUCUGACUGUGGGUGGAAAUGUGCUGGUGUGCCUGGCUGUCUGCGCCUCUCGACGCCUGCGCUGCAUCACAAACUGUUUCAUCGUGUCGCUGGCCGUCACCGAUCUGCUGCUCGGCCUCCUGGUCCUCCCGUUCUCUGCCCUCCUCCAGUUCAACGACGACUGGCCACUGGGCCCGGUCUUCUGCAACUUCUACAUCUGCAUGGACGUGAUGCUGUGCACCGCCUCCAUCCUGACCCUGCUGGCCAUCAGCUUGGACCGCUACCUGGCUGUGACCAUGCCUCUGCGGUAUGCCUCCCUCGUGUCGCCCUGGAGGGUCACCGUCACCAUGGCGGGCGUCUGGACGGUGUCUGUGGCCGUGUCUUUCCUGCCGAUCCAAAUGGGGUGGAACACUGUGAACGGGACGGUGCAGAACCAGGGGCCUGCGGCCUCGGAGAGGCGAUGCCGAUUCGAGCUGAACAGACCUUACGUGCUCACCGACUCCCUCCUCACCUUUUUCCUGCCUCUGGUGGCUAUGUGCUGGACCUACUAUCGAAUACUUUGCAUUGCACAAGCUCAGGCCAAGCGCAUCAUCAGCACCCGGCCCCUGUGCGUCACCAGCUACAACGGCAGGAGCAAUCCUUCCACCUGUACCACUCUGGUGUCCAGCGUUAUGACGGUUGCACUGCGAGAGCACAAAGCCACGGUGACCCUGGCAGUGGUGAUCGGGGCUUUUGUGGUGUGUUGGUUACCUUAUUUUAUCCUAUUCACAAUAUUGGGACUAAAGGAGCACCCGGACCCCAGCUUAGUGCCAGAAUUUCCCUUUGUGUUGUGGCUGGGAUACGCCAACUCGGCUAUCAACCCCAUCCUCUACGGAGCCCUCAACAGGGACUUCAGCCAGGGAGCAGCUGACAGAGAUGACCCUGCUGUGUGGCCCCAUCCCUACCACCUGCAGGGCAGCUAAAACAGACCAAAACGUCAUGCCUGAAGAAGUGAACAGCGGGACAGCCACACCAACCAUCCACUUUACAAAUGGCAUUGCUGCCACACAUGACAGUGGCACUGAAGGAACGUUUUCCAGCCUAACUUGAUCACAGAGUGGAUCUCACAGCACCUCGUCAGUGAGGAUCAGCGAACGAGCACGGUCAGACAUCAGCCCCGGUGACUCUGGAUUGAAUUG